AUGGCGCCAUGCCGCGCGAAGGAAAUCCUCCAAGGGGCCUUCGCCUUCCCCAUACGCCAUCCCGGCGGCGACGACGUAGGUGUGCAGCGUCUCCGAGUUCGCGUGUUUCACCAACCGCUCCAGACGUUGCCAGUGUUGAUAGCGAGGGUGCGGCACCCGCUGCGCGUAAUCCUCCUCCGCAAAUUCCCGCGAGGGAACAAGCUCUUCAUCGGGGUAAUCCUCCUCUUCCUCUUUUUCCAUUGCUGCGUCCCCGGCGGGGAGAUCGGAGGCGUCGUCGUACUCGAGCUCUGCGGCACGCUCGAGGGCGGCGGCUCGUCGCCGCUCCGCCCGCACCUUCGCGCGCUCCACACUCAGCGUCUCCGCCCACGUCAUCAUCGAGGAGACGAGCACGAAGGUUUUUUCGACUUCGUAGUGCGAACCAAGGAGGACCCUCGCCGUGCACUCCGCCUCGUAGGCGUCAUCCUCGAGGAUGGCGAUGAUGACGUCGUUUUCGAGCACUUUCACGCGAAAUUCAUCAGGGGACUCAUUGUGGUUGAUCACCACACGCGAGACGUAGGAGGUCAUAUCGCUGGGAACCGCCGUCGGGGAUGGCGGGUUGUGGAUACCAGGGCCGUGAAUCUGGUUGUUGUCGCGUAA